AUGAACUGUGGAUUUAGACGGUUAUCUUCCUUAAUUCUGUUGUCGCCAUCAAACUCACACGAGCUCAUGCGCUUGACUGCCACUGGCAAAAUGGCGUACUCCAUGGACGAUAUCGAACAAGCCCUGGACGGCUGUGCAGAGGACAGGGAGGUGGCCACGAUCGUGGACGGGUUUCAGUCCCUGGACAACACGGCUCGGGCGCACCGCGCUCCGGAGAAACAGGAGGUUCUUGACCUGAGUUCUCGUGCGUGGAAUAAUCCGAAGAAAGGCAGAGGAAAAGUUGCGAAGAUAAGUAAGAUGUUUGAGGAGAACCACUUUCCGAUUGAUAAACGAAAACGGCAAGUCAUGGAUGGUGAACGGCCGUGGCAGAGGGAACUGAAAAUAAGAGAUGAACGCAAGAAAACAAACCCCUUACCUGAUAGUCAACCGUCAGAGAAAACCGCUGGUAGCUCAAAGGAGGACAGCAAGUCGAAAGUAUCCCCCACAAAACAUACAGAGACGAGCCAUAAUCAUCAAACUAGUCCCAACUUGCGAAACUUUCCUAGCACAGAUAAAGACACUAUACCAAACGAAGUCAAAAACACUGAAGACAGCGUCCCAACUAGUGGCACAAAUCAUGUGGAACAGGCCAUAAACGCAGAUUCAGAAGAGUCUGUGAAGACUGAAGAACCAGUGCCAAAUGAGAUCCAUAGUACAACGACUCAAAUUGGUGACGCCCUAAUUCACCCGCGCCAUGAUAACCAGAGCUCAGCACACGUACAUCACGGCAACGACACUCUGCCUGUGGAGACAGGCACUGAGACGCUCAGCCAGGAACAGAAGGAACCAAAUUUCGAUCAUAGCCAUAAAAAUGGUGACAGUUUACAUGUGUCUAAUGAGAUGGAAGAUCCCAGGAAAGACAUACAUGAAGAAAGAGACACCGUUCCUAGUAACAUAGAUGUGGAAAACAGCUGCCACGAUACGUUACAGGAAAACGAUGAGCAUCCAGUAGAGGUAGGUAGUGCCAUGGAUGGUUUGCCCUUUGUCAUGGAGAGUUCGUUUGCACGAAGCCUUCAGCAAAGGACUAACCUUAUGAGACAGAGCAAGGUAGAACACAGCACCGACAGUGAUUCUGAUGCUUCAAAAGCGGAGCUGGGACACCACCUGUUGGAGAGUGGUAUCGCCGGUGGUCGCCGUGGCUACAACAGUCGUCCGGAGGAAGCUGGCAAUUUUACCGGCGGUGACGACCUUCAGCCAGAGCACAACGGGAUCGAGCAUACACAACAAAGCAGCGAAAUGCCCCGUCAUCCACAGAUAAACGACCUAGUGCAAAAGUUUGAAGACUCCGGCAUCGGAUUUGCGAACAGCGACUUGAUUCACGAACGAGAAAACGGCCUGACUCCGCUGUCGAGUGAUGGCAGCGUGAGGACUCCAUCUUCAACAGAAGAACACAGUCACAGGGACAUCCUCGAGCCUGACCAUCAGCACACACCCCGGCUACACACCAUCCUCCACAACAAGGACCACGACAGUGACGAGCAUCACGACGUGCGACCAAAAGGUCGGCAUCAUGUGAAGUUCGAGGAUGACAGGAGACGAGCGGUGAACGGACUCCCGAACGGCCACACGGACUCCACCAAGAGAGCGCGCGACCAGAGGACUCAGGACCAGGCCAUUGUGAAGUGUUCUUACCUUAGCAACGAGCUGGUCCGGAUGUCGGAACUGUUGGAUACGAUGGACCCAGAGGAGCUGAAAUCGGCCCUGAAGAGACGUUUGAAGCGGAAAGACGCCAAACUGAUCAUGGCGAUGAGCCUGCUUCUGCCCCGACACAGACAUCCGCCAGCCUCCCAGCUCCACUGUGUCAGGUGUCACAAGAACUACAACCCCAGAUUUGACUCGGAACGCUGUGCCCUGAGCCACCCGAACAACUGUGUAGUCAAAAAGAAGGAACACUCGACCAGCACGACCUUCAAAUGCCGCGCGUGCUCGACAACGUUCCGGCUGACCAACAUGACGUUUUACCAGGAGGGGGUGAACUCCUACAUGACGGGGCUGUGCUUCUCCGGCAAACACACCACCAACUCCAAGGACGUGGUGUACCAGUGUCACGGAGGGCCUGCAAAGACGUGCGAGGAUCACGGCUGUGUGCUGUAUUAUGUCUGAUGGCGUAACCCAAAGCUGUAUGGCUUUGUGUGCCAGCUACAAGUCUUUGUACGGAUUGCACAAAAGCAACAACUAUUCAUAUGAAGUACAUUUUGACUCUUUGCAGCAUGUAACAGAAUAGCAAAGUAUUACAUAGAUUAUAUUUUAGUAUUUCAUAAGAUGGAGAGAGUGUUGUGUUUUUUAAUAGAAACUUAGUAAAAUAGUAGCCAUAUCAUGAUGUUGGAAUACAUGUGAGUUGCAUGCCAAGACUUACAUGGUAUGUACAUGUAUUGGAUUUCGUAUUGUUGAACCGAGAAAAAGCUAUGGAAAGGCGAAUGUGAGCAUUGACUUGGUUGUUCAAAUGAGGUGCUAUCUUCUAUGUCUUUGUGCCAUACAGCAGUCGUUGUUGAAAGAAAAGGGUAGAAAACGCCCAGAUAUCAAAAAUCCUUUAUACUAUGUUUGAUCUAUAGCAGCCCAUUUUCUUUCACAAUUGUUAAGGCAUGCAGUAGCCUACGAAAUGAGGUCUUGAAAAACAUGGGGUUAAAGCAAACACAUAAUACAUUAGAACACUACAAGUUUGUGUGUAUGUUAUACAAA